GCGGCAUUCAGCCUCCACGGUGCUUGUAGAAACAAACUUGCUCAUAAAUGUUCAAUUUGUCUCUUUAGUGGCGAUAAAUGUUCAAUUUGUCUCAUUAGUGGCGAUAAAUGUUGUCUGUUUAGUGGCGAGAAAUGUUCAAUUUGUAUCUUUAGUGGCGAUAAAUGUUCAAUUUGUCUCAUUAGUGGCGAUAAAUGUUCAAUUUGUCUCUUUAGUGGCGAUUAAUGUUAGUUUGAACAACUUUCAUUUGUCUCUUUAGUGGCGAUAAAUGAUUGAAAAACUUCAGGAGAAAAGAAGAAUAAAGAGUCAUACACUGAACUUGAAGUCAAACUUGGUUGGGACUUCAAGCAUGCCAAAGAUGGAAGAGAAAGUGUCUUCAAAGAAGCACAACCAUUGGGUGAAUCCAUCGUUCACCGACUUGUUGGGGGACAACUUGCCUACUUGUGGAAAGAAACCUUCUUGCCAGGCUUUGGCUUCCAGAAGUGAGCAGAAGAAGCCCCAGAAAAGGAAAGGAGAAGCGGACUCUGGCUGCCAGGACCAGGAUGAACCUUGGGUGCAAAGAUACGCAGCACGCUCAAAGGCGGAGCUUGCAGUGCACAAGAAGAAGGUCCAGGAAGUGGAAAAUUGGCUCAGAGUGCAUUCAAACACAUCACAGGGUGGACUAUUACUCCUGACUGGACCCUCAGGCUGUGGAAAGACCGCUACAGUCCAGGUUUUAUGUGCCGAGCUGGGCCUAAGGAUCCAGGAGUGGAGCAACCCCACUAGUGAGGACUCACACAGUCAACAAGACUGGAACAUGAACAGUAGCUCCCAGUCAGCACAAUUCCAAGAGUUUCUCCUGAGGGCCAACAAGUACACGUGCCUUAAGAUGCUGGGGGAUGUCAGACCUCCUGGCAUGAAGGUCAUCUUAGUGGAGGAAUUCCCAAACCACUUUUACCGGCAGCCUGGCAGUCUACAUGAUGUUCUCAGGACUUUAGUGAAGAGCAGUGGAUGUCUUCUGGUCUUCAUCGUGUCUGACAGUCUGAGUGGAGACAGCAGCUCCAGACUCCUGUUUCCAAGAGACCUGCUGGAGGAGCUGCACAUCACUAGCAUCAGUUUUAAUCCAGUGGCUCCAACCUCCAUGAUGAAGGUUCUGACUCACAUUGCAACACUCCAGAAGACUAGCAGACUGGAUCAGGCGGUGCUGGACAAGUUGUGUUCAGGAAGUUCAGGAGAUGUUCGCAGUGCCAUCAACAGCCUGCAGUUCUCCUCCAUCUCAGACGGGGGGCUGCGGAGGGACAGACCGCUCACCUCACAGAAGAAGGUGUCUUUCAAAUCGGGCCAGAAGAAGAAGUCCAGGUCAUCCCAGGUGAAGGAGGAAGAACAAAGUGUUGGCAUGAAGGAUGCUUGUCUCUUCCUGUUCCGAGCUCUGGGAAAGAUCCUGCACUGCAAACGGGCAAGUCCUGAAUGUGCUGAGCGUGCAUCUUUACCUGCACACCUUUGUCAACACCACAGAGAACCUUUACAGCUGGACCCUGAGUUGGUCGUAGAACGUUCUCAUGUGUCCGGAGACUUCUUCAACCUUUACCUGCACCAGAACUACCUGGACUUCUUCUCCAACAUUGAAGAUGUGGAUCGAGCCAGCGAGUAUUUGUCUGAUGCAGACCUGCUCACAUCUGACUGGACGAGUCGGAGUUUCUUGGAGGCGUAUGCGUCGUCAGUGGCCACCAGGGGGCUUCUCCACUCCAACUGUCAACAAGCAGCAGUUGGCUUCAGACCUCUGCACAAACCUCAUUGGCUGCUGGUCAGCAAGAUGCAUCGUGAGAAGUGCCUGCUUGCUCAGUGCUUGUUCAGGAGCAUGUGUGUGACACCUGUCAGCCUUCACACUCACCUGCUGCCUUACCUGGCCAAGCUCACCAACCCUCUGAGGAGCCAAGCUCAAAUAGAAUUCAUCCAGCAUGUCAGUCACAUGCCACUCAAGAGCGUUCCUGCCAGGUUGAAACUGGAGACCCUGGCAGACAAAGAGCCAAGUGGGCUGAAGAUGGAGGAUGAAGAGGAGCAGAUAGACUUAGUAGAAGAAGAAAGUGAGGAAGUUGUAGCAGGAAGUCAACCAACAAACAUGGUAGAAGAAGAAGAAGAAGACAUGAUGAUUGAAGAAUACAUGAGUGACUAAUCUCACCUUCAUACUGUACAUGUACAUGAGUGACUAAUAUCACCUUCAUACUGUACAUGUACAUGAGUGACUAAUAUCACCUUCAUACUGUACAUGUACAUGAGUGACUAAUAUCACCUUCAUACUGUACAUGUACAUGAGUGACUAAUAUCACCUUCAUACUGUACAUGUACAUGAGUGACUAAUAUCACCUUCAUACUGUUCAUGUACAUGAGUGACUAAUAUCACCUUCAUACUGUACAUGUACAUGAGUGACUAAUAUCACCUUCAUACUGUACAUGUACAUGAGUGACUAAUAUCACCUUCAUACUGUACAUGUACAUGAG